GACCACUCUGUCGCAUAGAGUAUCGAGGCAGAUUACUCUGGAUUUCUGUGGUCACAACAAAUGUUUUAGCAAACUAAAAAAGACAUUGUUGAGUCUACAAAGAUGCCUAAAGACAAAGACUCCACAAAUCAUCCUUGCCAUCUGCUGAGUUUGCCCUCUGCCAAACGGUUUUGGUGCCGCCAUUGCAUGUCUGUGUUCGACGAUGCAAUUACUAGGUGGCGCCACAGUCGUUCUUGUCGUUAUGGGGUGGUGAACAAUUUCAUGCGACGGCGUGAACUGGAGGCAAAAGCCCUGCAAAACACAGUGGCCCUCAGCCCUGUGGAAGCCAGACUUGGUCAAAGUAUUCAAAUGUCUGACCUAGCUGGUAGUGGCAGCCAGUCGGGUGUGCCAAUCCAGAACGACCUCGAAGGUCAUCCAGAUUUUCAGCCUGCAAAUGAUGCGUUUACCUGCUUUAUCUGCCAUCAACAGUUUGGGUCGAUGGAAGCAAUGAGGAAUCAUGUGAAGUAUCCAUGCAGUAGUAGCAAAAUUAUUACGUCCCGUGUCCCACAUCCAAAGCACUCCAUUCCGGUGUUUAUAGAUACUUUGCCAAGUCAGCCUCGACCUUGGCAGACAGGACCCUCAGAGACGCAGCAGGUGACUUUGCCUCCUACUCCUCCUUCUAUAGUCCAGGCUCAUCAUAAUGAGACUGUUGACGUUGCUCCCACAAUUCAGUUCCAGACACCCCAAAGCAUGACAGAGCAACAGAUUAUCAGUGGAAUGUCUUCCUCUGGAGAAGUCGCUGCUGCUGGCAAGUCAGUAGAAGGCAUCACGCCAACCAGUAUCUACGUUAAUGACCAGGGGGAGACUGUCAUUGAGGUGGAGAAUCUGGACCUCAAUACGGAAGGUGGUGAGCUUUCUCUGGCCCAUCUUCUCACCCAGCUGUCUCAGCAGGGCAUCGUCUUUGACAAAACUAGAACAGGACAGUUGCAAGCUCGCCAGGAGACUCCUGCCACUGCCAACACAUCGUCGCACCUGUACACGACGGAGCCCACAUAUGAAGUGUCUAGCAUUUCCUCAAACAUCGCAAGAGAAGAAGAAGAACAGCCAACAGCUGAGGAUGCGGCAAAUACUCUGGCUCAACUCGCUGGUUUCAGGGGCUUCCGUAGCAACCCAACAGCAUCGACCUCGUACCAAGUGGGUUCUAACGCUGAGAUGCAGCAAGUCUCGACUCAGGAGCAGACAACCGUAUGCUAUACGAAGCCGGAACCCCAUGAGAAUUAUGCAAUGGAUAUUCAGCCCCAUGGGAGUGUUCAGUAUGAGUAUAAAUAUUCUGCUACCCCUCAACAAUAUAUUCCAGCACCCCAGCAUCCUCACCAAACAACCCCUGUUCAAAGUACGAUCGAAUCUACCCCCCAACACUUUGAAGAAAUUAAAGUAGAGAAUACAAUCGAUGCAUAUUAUGAUGUGGCAUAUGUUGCUACUUCAGAAGCGAAUGUUCAGCCUCAAAUUGAAGUUGUCAAUAAUGGGGUAGGCGGACCGGUCACUCAGGGGUUGGAAGAUAUUAAACCACAAGAUACUGUCUUGUUGCAGCAGUACAAUCCCAGUGAAACGAGCAGAGAGCACUUUGUGACCUCUGAGGGAGUGACUGUAGUGAGCACCUCAAAAAUGGACAGUUCUGAGACUGCAAUUUUAGUAUCACACAUAGACGAACAGGCCGAAUCAAUGAAAACCUCGCAGAGGGAGCAAAGCGUUGUGGAAUUUCAAAUGGAAAAUUUGUCCAGUGGCCAAAACUUAGAACAGCAGCCAGAUGCUUCAGUGGGUGUGCAGGAGAGGGGUCAUGAACCUGGACACGUGCAGGAAGAAUCCUGCCCUCAGGUCGUUGAGGAGGUGAAGGAGAAGGAGGAAGAGAAAGGUGAAGAGUUCACUAUACAGACAGUAACGCUGCAGGAGAUUGUGGAGUCGGAGACGUCGUCUUCUCUCCCUUACCCAGAGCAGAAGGCCUCAACUAGCACAAGCGAUGUUCUACCUACAAUCUGUUUCUCCGAACCAGGCAAUGUCACCACGCCUGAGCAGCAAGCCGGGGAAACAAGGGAGGUAAUUUUGCAAGGAUCGAGCACUGUGGAGCAAGGUGCUCUUGAAACCGAAGGGCUGACUGUACCUAUUGAGGACAUAGCUGGGUCUGUGCAACUGCCUUCACAAGGCUCAAACCAACCGGCUGCAAUGUAUGUGGUCACUUCUACAGGUAUUCAGCCGGUGGGGAUCAAGAUGUCUGACUCGAGUACAGGUUGAUGAGCUGUGUUGUAGCUGUGAAGCUGACUCUUCGAGAGAAGCCAGAAAGAUGGUGGUGAAAAAUUUGCCUUGAGCAACACUCAGCUGAUCAAUGUGGGAGGAUGGCUCGAGUUUGAUAUUUUGACGUUUUGAUGGCCACUUUCGUGAACUGACAUGUGGGGGGUUGUUAGAUUUGUGCAACUUGGUAAUGACUUAUUAUUAAAAUCUUGUAAGAGGUUUCAUGGUGUGAAGGGAUGAUUUAGUGACUGACAUAAUUAAUAUGUUGCCAUCUUGUUUUAAUGAGCUUUUGCAUUACCUUUCAAAGUAUUGUCUUAGCCUCACUCUUUUGAGAUUGUUGCAUUUUGCGUGUUGGUUUACUGUGGAAAUACUGUUAACGA